AUGUCCAAAUUAAUUGAGGAAAAACUAGCUUUCGUUGAGAAUGAAACAGUAUUAUGCUUUCAUGGCCCGUUACUUUAUGAAGCAAAAAUUCUUGAAGUGAAAAACCUUGAUCCUAAAGAUUCAAUUGCAGGAAAAAAGGGUCUUCAUUACUUUCCACCAAGAGAAGAUAUUAAAGUCACCCAACCGGAAUAUACAAAGAUACCUAAAAAAUACACGCAGAAACAUAAAAGACAAAAAAUCAUUGAUGAAAAUAGUAAAAACAAUUCAUCAAAUCUCAAUGAAAAUAAUUCAGAUCAAAUUGAAAAUAAAGGCGGUAGUAUUCAAAAGAGUUAUGAUGAAGAUCUAGCGAAAGACCAGAAAAUUGUUGAUAAUGAUAAGAAAUUUACAGAGUUUUUUGAAACUAAAAUUAUAAUGCCACAACCACUUAAAAUUAAAUUAAUAGAAGACUGGGAAAUCAUUACUAAAAAUCAAAAGAACACAAUCAACGAAUCGGUUGAUAAUUCUACAAUAGAUUCUCCUUCUAAACAAUCAAUUGUGUCAAAUGACGAAUCUUCAAAUUUCGAAAUGAAUAAAAUGGAAUUAUAUAAUGAAAUUACUGAAGGAAUUCUUACAUAUUUUAACAAAAGUUUACAAAAAAUACUUUUGUAUAAUUAUGAAAGGGUCCAAAAUACUGAAAUUCGUGUUGCUAAUCCAGAUAAAGAAUAUUCAGAAAUUUACGGAGCAGAACACUUGCUGAGAUUAUUUGUUGAAAUCCCGCAAUUACUCUCUCAAAAUGAAUUUAAUCAAAGUACUGCAGAAAAACCAAAAACAAACAAGAAAAAGGCUCUAGGAGGCUUGACUUGUGCAAAUUGCAAAACCCCCAAUACACCUAAUUGGCGAGCAGGAGAAAAACCAGGACAAAAAUUGUGUAAUGCCUGUGGUCUUUACUUCAGUAAAUAUGGUUCACACAGGCCUGAAAGUCGUUGGAGUAAUAAUUGUUAA